AUGAUCAACGCUGUGCUCCUCUUCAACAACACCGGGCAACCACGGCUUACCAAGUUCUACACAGAAAUCGACACCCAAACAAAACAAUCCCUCAUUGAACAAAUCUACGACCUAGUUGCCCAACGUCCAGCAAGUGCCUGCAACUUCCUCCCUCUCCCUCCCCUGCUUGCGCGGGGUGCCCGCUCCAGCGCAUCCCUCGGUCCCUCGGACGACCCUACACAAAUCACUUACCGGACAUAUGCCACGCUUUCAUUUAUUAUGAUUUCCACAUCAACUGAAUCCCCGCUUGCGCUCAUCGACCUGAUCCAGGUCUUUGUCGAAGCUCUAGACCGCGUCUUCGAGAAUGUCUGCGAACUAGACCUUAUAUUUGGCUAUGAAACCAUGCACGCCGUGCUGGCUGAAAUGAUUGUUGGAGGCAUUGUGGUAGAGACGAACAUUGAUAAGAUUGUUGGAGGUCCUCCCAAGUCCGGUAAGAAGGUCGCCCCCAUGCCCUACCCCCAGGGUAAGGCUGGUGCUAGCAAGAAGGGCCCCAAGAACCCUCUCAUCGAGAAGCGUCCCCGCAACUUCGGUAUUGGCCAGGACAUCCAGCCUAAGCGCAACCUCGGCCGUUUCGUCAAGUGGCCCGAGUACGUCCGUCUGCAGCGCCAGAAGAAGAUCCUGAACCUCCGUCUCAAGGUUCCCCCUUCGAUUGCUCAGUUCCAGAGCACCCUGGACCGUAACACCGCUGCCCAGACCUUCAAGUUCCUCAACAAGUACCGCCCUGAGACCAAGGCCGAGAAGAAGGAGCGUCUCCAGCGUGAGGCCACCGCCAUCACCGAGGGCAAGAAGAAGGAGGAUGUCAGCAAGAAGCCCUACAACGUCAAGUACGGUCUCAACCACGUCGUUGGUCUCGUUGAGAACAAGAAGGCCUCUCUCGUCCUCAUCGCCCACGACGUUGACCCCAUUGAGUUGGUUGUCUUCCUUCCCGCUCUCUGCCGCAAGAUGGGUGUCCCCUACGCCAUUGUCAAGGGCAAGGCUCGUCUGGGAACUGUUGUCCACAAGAAGACCUCUGCCGUCCUUGCUCUGACUGAGACCCGUGAUGAGGACAAGGCUGAGCUUUCCAAGCUCCUGUCCGCCAUCAAGGAGGGCUACACCGACAAGUACGAGGAGACUCGCCGCCACUGGGGUGGUGGUAUCCUCGGUUCCAAGUCCGUUGCCCGCACUGAGAAGAAGCGCAAGGCCCUCGAGGCCUCCGUCAAGGUCUAA